AUGCAGCAGCAGCCAAGACCGCAGCAGGGGUGGGGAGGGCCGGUGGGAGGGCGGCAGCUGGUGUGGUACGGUCACGAGGAGUACCAUCCGGUGCAGGCGGGCAGCAUUGACGGCACGGACACGCGCCCCCAUGACCGCGCCAUCAAGCGCGCCCUCCUCGCCCGCCGCCUCGCAGCCUACAAACCAUGCGCGGCAGCCAUGGAUGCGGCGUGCACGCUCUUUGUGGGGCGAAUGCUGCCCACCACCACAGAGGACUGCCUGCUGCAGCCCCCCUCGUCCUCCUUCCAUCGUACCAACCAUCUCUUUCUCUCCUCUCACAAUCUUGCUGCGUUUGUCUCAUGA